AUGGAGGCGGCUGUCGUCGCACCUGCGCCGCCGGGGCUCACACGAACAAAGCUCAUCCACUGUGCCCGGUCAGACAAUCGCAACGGCGAACAACUUGUUGCUAAAUUGGAGCCUUUGGCACCACUGACUACGACGCAAAACGCGUUGAACGGAUCAAAGCGAUCCUGGGUCUGGGGCCAUGUUCAUAGAGCCAAGGAACAGUCGGGUGCUGCAUUCCAUGCCAGUGAGGCAGCCGCCGGCUUUGAGGAAAACAAACUGUUCCGGCGCGUCUCGAAAGAGAGCCGUUUUCGAAGCUGGAGUUGGGGGCGUCGAAGUGGCGCCAAAGCAUCCGUCAAUGAUGCUAACAGCAAUUCUGUGAAUGUGUCUUCGUCGACAAGAGACACGCAGGGCAGCAGUACGAGCACAUUUAACGGCCCCUUUGAGGAUCUGGACCGCUCAGAAACCGAUGCCACUGUUUUGUCGAACACAGAUAUGACCUCUGCCACGGCCUCCUCCCCAAUGGUCGAUGCCGAAGCAAGUUGCGAGCUACAACACCCAAUUCCGGUCCACGUCGACGAUAUCCAGCGCCUAGUCAGCCUCUGCAAGAAGAGAGAAAAGAGCCCGAGCUUGUCGUACCUCUUCCAGCCUUGA